AUGGAGACGCUACUCCCCGCGGGCGGCUUUCAGCUGCCCUUUCAGCGGCGCCUCUCACGUCUCUAUAACGACACCAAAAAGUCAAGCGAUUUCGUACAGGCCCUCGUACCCCGAGAGAAGCAGCAGGACCCCGACUCCGACCCCGCCCACCAGGCCGCCAAGAUUAACGAGUCGCUGUCUCGCGCGGGCCUUAGUGAAGUCGUCAGCAGCAUCAUGUCGACUAUCAAGGACAUUCUCGCCGAGGCUGAGCAGCUCUAG